AUGUGGCACGAGGCAAUCGGCGGAAGAGGAUCAAACGAUAUAGCAUCUUGCCUAUACCAAAAAAUAUUAAAUUUGCCCAACAAUAUAACCCAUGUCAUCACUUACUCUGACACAUGUGGAGGACAAAACCGAAAUAUUAAUAUGUCUGCUAUGUUAAGUCUAGUUACUGCAAAUUCUUCAACAUUGCAAAUAAUAGACCAACAAUUUUUACUGCCAGGGCACAUUCACUUAGAGUGUGAUGUAGUCCAUGCAAAAAUAGAAAGAGCAAAAAAAUAUUCAGAUAUUCCUAUCAUUAUACCAAGAGAUUGGUAUCAAUUUGUUAGGACAGUAAAAGGAAAGAAACCAUUUAAAGUUAUAGAAAUGAAACAAGAGCAGAUUUUUUCAUUUUGA